AAGCACAGUUUCUGGUUCGCAGAUGCGUCACUGACUGUGAAAGCGUCGCGUUGUCUCUGGUGGACGCGUCGGUGUGUGCUCAUCUGCGCAGAUGCGUCACUGACUGCAGACGCGCUUCAGCACAACAUCCAUAUGGCUGGACUGGUCAGAUGUCUGAUGUCUGCCAGAGGAAAUGAUCCAGACUGGAGCAGAACCAGACAUUCACAAGGAGGCGCUGUCGGUGGUGAGCGAGGAUCAGUCCUUAUUUGAGUGUGCGUACAGAGUGUCUCAUGGUAAAGCGGACAUGACAGCGUCUGCCGCGGGUGAAUACACACAGAAUAAACUCAGUCCCAGAGUGCAGCAGCAGGAGGACUGGAUGGCUCCGCCCACCGGACGCAUCACUGUGAAGAUGGAGUGCAGCAGCAGCAGCAGUGCAGGAGGAGCUGCGCAGGUCAACGGCUGCAGAAUUUCUCCUGAUGACUAUACUGUGGUUAAAGGAAAGCUGUCAGCAGGUGAGAAUGUUCCGGUGAUGUUCAGUAACUACAUGGAGGAUAAACACACACCACCUCCAAACAUGACCACUAAUGAGCGCAGAGUCAUCGUACCUGCAGAUCCGGCGCUGUGGUCAUCGGAUCACGUGUGUCAGUGGCUGGAGUGGGCCGUGAAGGAAUACAGUCUGCCGCAGGUCGACGUGUCGCUGUUUCACCGUGUGGAUGGGAAGGAGCUCUGUAAGAUGACCAAAGACGACGUCCAGCGUCUCACCAGCAACUACACGGCAGAUAUUCUGCUGUCACACCUGCAGUACCUGCGAGAGACUCCGCUCCCUCACUUGACUUCAGAUGAUGUUGACAAAGCCUUGCAAAACUCCCCGCGGUUAAUGCAUGCUCGCAACUCAGGAGGAGCCAGCUUUAUUUUCCCAAAUGCUCCGGUCUAUCCUCCAGACGCCCCCAGAGGUCCCAUCAGAGCGGAUGUGAGUUAUGACGUGGGCAGACGUGCUGUGUGGCCUCAGACUGGAUCUGCUUCUAAAGUUUCUCAGAGUUCAACCACCAUCAUGACUAAAACUGAGGAUCAGAGAAUUCAUUUAGAUCCGUACCAGAUUUUGGGGCCGACCAGCAGCAGACUGGCAAAUCCAGGUUCAGGUCAGAUCCAGCUGUGGCAGUUUCUCCUGGAGCUUUUGUCCAACAGCUCAAACUCGUCCUGCAUCACAUGGGAGGGAACCAACGGCGAGUUUAAGAUGACUGACCCCGACGAGGUGGCGCGGCGCUGGGGCGAGAGGAAGAGCAAACCCAACAUGAACUACGACAAACUGAGUCGUGCUCUGCGCUACUAUUACGACAAAAACAUCAUGACCAAGGUCCACGGCAAACGCUAUGCAUACAAGUUUGACUUCCACGGCAUCGCUCGGGCCCUGCAGCCGCACCCGCCCGAGUCGUCCAUGUACAAGUACCCCGCGGACCUGUCGUACAUGAGCGGGUACCACUCACACCCGCAGAAGAUGAACUUUGUGUCGCCGCACCCUCAGCCGCUGCCCGUCACCUCGUCCAGUUUCUUCGCCGCUGCGAAUCCGUACUGGAACUCGCCCGCAGCGGGCAUCUACCCCAGCCCGCGCCACCCAUCCGCUCACAUGCCCCCACACCUGGGCUCCUACUACUAAACAUCAGCAUGCGCGAGAAACAUCUCAAGCGUCCAAGCAGAAGCUAAACAAGGAACUUACAGACACUUACCGGAUUUCAAACAGAGAAUCGCAUCGACGAAGCUCAUCGUUCAGGACUGUCAUAUCCGAAAUCUGUGCCGGAUAAACCUGAAGGAAUAUCUUAAAGAGGGGCUGAACCGGCACAGAUCUGGUGAAGAAUGAGAAUGUGAAAGUGUUGCUCUUUUCAAACCCAUUGAGCUGCAUUCAUGCUCUCGGCAGUGACAUCAUCGGUCAUGUUUAUUGAUUAGCACUUUUGCAUCGUCUCGAAGCUUUUGCCGAAGUUUUACUUUAUUGUCCGUAAGAACGAGACAAAGGCGAUCGGGGCUCGGGCAGGGCACGACUCACACAAACAUUACGUUUACAAUGACUUUAAUUAAGUCUCGUGCGCGGUUGAGCAUUCGCUCUACAACUGCUUUCUGACACACUGUAAACAUGUCAAGUACAGGUUAAAACUGUUUUAGACCAGUCUUACAAGUUUUGGUCGUAAUAUAAAACCAAAAUGUAUUUUAUUAUUUUUAUAAAUGUGUUCAUGUAGCAUUGCAUUCUUGAAAUAAGCAAAUAUUUUCAGUGAUGGAAAACUGUCUGACAUUGUAUUAAUCCGUUCAGUGUGUUUUCCCACAAUGCAAUGCGAAUGAGACUUACUAAAGACGGCCGUGAACUUUAUGAAACUGGCCUCAUUAUAGCAUUACUGGAUAUCAUUUUGGUUACAAUAUAUACAUUUUUUUUUGAAGAGAAACAAAAAAAUAAAUUUAAGAGAGAAAAAAAAAAUUUUAAGAGAGAAAUACAAAUUUUAUGAGAAAAAAUAUACUUUUUUUGAAGAGACAUUUUUUUUAAAGAGAGAAAAAAAAAUUAAGAUAGAAAAAACAUUUUUUUGAAGAGAAAAUAAUUUUUUAAGAGAGAAAAAAAAUUUAAGAGAUGUUUUUUGAGGAGAAACAAAACAAUUUUGAAGAGAGACAGUCUCGGGACAGUCUUUUUUCCCGCCUUGUGGUUCAGGGCUUCCUUCUAUAGUUAGCGCAGUCAACACAGGCGCAUGCGCAGAGAACGGACACAGACGUGGACUGUUUAACUAGACAGUCUGCGCAAAUCUAUAAGCACAAAGUGUUCUGCAGGUUUGCACGUUGUGGAAUGCCGCACAGUAUGUGUGACGCACAGACGCGCCACUUAGAUUUUCUUGACUCGCGCAGGCGGUCCUCGACUGUGCCUCAGCUGCGCAUGCGCUGAUCAUUGACCGUUCUAAAUGAGUGUCAGAAAGCAGUGCAGUGCGCGUGCGUCAAACACGUUCCUAUUCGUUCGCGGUCAGAAGUAGGGAUGGGCGAUACCAGUUAUUUUCUUUUCGAUCCAAUACCAAGUACUUUGACGACAAUUAUCGCCGAUUCCGAUACCGAUACUUUUAUGAAUUAUUUAUAUGUAAGUGAUUUUAUAGAGUAUUGUGAUUGCAACAUUAUUAAUAAUAAAUAACAUGGACAUGACAACGUCCUAUGCCUCUUGUAAUUUCUGAUGCUCUCUGCGAGUCAUCUAUAAAAUAUAAUACAUAUAUUAUGUUCUUAAAGCUGUGUUACAGGCAUUAAGAAUUUACUAAUGAUAGUAAAUCUCUCCCGUGUUACUUGACACAAACUAUGUCAUUUGUUUAACAAACUUUUUUUUUUAAAAUGUUAAAAAUAAUAUAUAAAUGAUUUAACUCAAAAUAUCCACCAGAUAGCCUAUCAGGUAACAGAAAUAGAUAUAUAUAAUGAAAAAAUGUUUAAAGCAAAAUAUCCAGUUUAAUAUUCUGCUCCAAAUAAAAUACUGUAAUAGCUUCAUAUCUGAAACAGUAUAUAUUGUACAAAUAAUAGCUAUAAAUAAUGUGACUUUUUGUAUUCAAAUAAUCUAACCACCACUUUAUACCUGGAUAACGUUUUUGACCUCUCUGAAAGCAUUCUGCUAGUGAACUCUGCCUCGAGCUAGAAGAUGUGGGUCGGUGUCUGUGUUGACUCCUCUGCUCGUUUCAGCUGCACCUCGUCGUGCUCUGUAGGGUGUUUUGCUUUCAGAUGUUUGGUCAGAUUUGUGGUAUUACCACAGUGGCGUAUGUUUUUUUACAAAUGUCACACGAGGCUUCGUCAGUAUUUACUGGAGUGAAAUAGCUCCAAAUAACACUUCUUUUCGUUCACUCAUUGCAGUCAUGCACUCGAACACCUGUCUGCGCUAACUGACCGUACGUUCUGCUUCAUUAAUUCCUAGUGAUGAUCGCCAUCGAGUGUUUAUAUGCCUACUGCCUCUGGCGGUCAGUAGGAAUUCACAGAACAUGUACUAAUUGUCGCAAGCGCGUCACAAUUUGCUCUGGCCAACCUGUCAACAGCGCUAUCGACAAUUUGUGGACGCUCUGACGUAUUUGAAAUAGGCGGCUAAACAAACAGAUAGUAUCGAUACUUUUAUUUGAGAAUCGAUCGCUUUUGAUACAAAGGCAGUAUCGAAUAUAUCGAUACUUAAGGAUCGAUCCGCCCAUCCCUACUCAGAAGUGGCAACGAGGUCGACCCGGCAAAAACGAAGUACACCUGGGACUUUAAAAUACUGCCUCUGUAGGCAGCUCACUAGGGUUAGAAAAAGAGCAAAUAUAAUAUGUUGCAUUUGUGUAAAAAGGGCUAUUCAUUACAAAAUGUAUAUGCAUGAUCAGUUACUUAUUAAUCUAUAUGUUUUAUGUAUUAAACUACCUUAUUUUAAUAACUGACAUAUCAAAGAAGGUUUAGAAGGUGAGACAGACAGGUCAGAGAAGUAGACAGACAGGUGAAUGAGGUGAUGAGGUGAGACAGGUGAAUGAGGUGAGACAGGUGAAUGAGGUGAGACCGGUGAAUGAGGUGAGACAGGUGAAUGAGGUGAGACAGGUGAAUGAGGUGAGACAGGUGAAUGAUUGAGUUGGUAGUAAGUUGUAUUUAUCAGUAUUAUGUGGUUUAUAUGGCAUUAGAGAUCGUUCUGAGGAUACAUGUCGAAAAUGACACAUCAUUGUUUGUUAUUUAGAAAACUGGAAUAUGAAACUUGGAAUUUGACUUGUAAAAUGUUUUUAAUGACCUCAAACAUUUAAAGAUGGAGGUGGAUUUUUAUAAAUCAGUGCCUUACAGGAAACAUCUCCUCACACAGCUGGAGAGAUUUACCAAAGAACACCAGAAUUAUUAUUAUUAUUAUUAUUAUUAUGUUCUGAGUCACAAAUGCUGUGCGUUUGUCAGAUUGGAGUAUACAAUUCAGUGUUAUAUAUUCUUUAUAUUAUAGCUGUAUAACUUAUGCAUUUAAACACUACGAGUUGAUCUCAGCCAGCCAAAGAUAUUUUAUCAUAUAUUUAGAGAAAUAACAGAGAAACGGAGCAACGGGUCAAAACACUCGUAUGUUUGUGGCCUUUGAAUGAAACUCAGUUAUCCGUUGUUUACAGUGAAAGCACAUGUGCUCAAACAUGUGUCUGUAUGAAUCUGGCGCGGCACACGCGUGUCUCUGUUCUACUGAAUCCAGAUCAGAGAACGCCACGAUGCUCUUGAGAUUGUUGACAAAGGGAAGAAAUCAUAUUCUUACAUCAAUUAUAUGUUUUUCUA